AUGGCCAAGAAAAGAAUUGCUGUGAUUGGGGCAGGUGUGAGUGGGCUCACGUCUAUCAAGUGCUGCCUGGAAGAAGGCUUGGAGCCCCUCUGCUUUGAAAGGUCUCAUGACAUUGGAGGGCUGUGGCGGUUCCAGGAAGAACCUGAAGAAGGAAGGGCAAGUAUUUACAAGUCAGUGAUCAUCAACACUUCUAAGGAGAUGAUGUGCUUCAGUGACUAUCCCAUCCCAGAUCAUUAUCCUAACUUCAUGCACAACUCCCAGGUCCUGGAGUAUUUCAGGAUGUAUGCCAAAGAAUUUGACCUUCUAAAGUACAUUCGAUUUAAGACCACUGUGUGCAGUGUGAAGAAGCAGCCUGAUUUCCCCACUUCAGGCCAAUGGGAGGUGGUCACGGAAUCUGAAGGGAAAAAGGAGGUGUAUGUCUUCGACGGAGUUAUGGUUUGCACUGGCCAUCACACCUAUGCUCACUUACCCUUGGAAAGCUUCCCUGGAAUUGAGAAGUUCAAAGGACAAUACUUCCAUAGUCGAGAUUAUAAGAAUCCAGACAGUCUCACUGGAAAGAGAGUCAUUAUAAUUGGCAUUGGGAAUUCUGGAGGAGACCUGGCAGUGGAAAUUAGCCACAGGGCCAAACAGGUUUUCCUCAGCACCAGAAAAGGGGCUUGGAUCCUCAAUCGUGUAGGAGACUAUGGAUAUCCUUUUGAUACAAUUUUGUCAUCUCGAUUUAAUCAUUUGCUGAAGAAGAUUACUGGUGAAUCAGCAGCAAAUAAAUAUUUGGAAAAAAAGAUUAACCAAAGGUUUAAUCAUGAAAUGUUUGGCCUGAAGCCUAAACACAGAGUUUUCAGUCAGCAUCCAACAGUGAAUGAUGACCUGCCAAACCGUAUAAUUUCUGGCUUUGUGAAGGUGAAAACAAAUGUGAAGGAGUUCACAGAGACAGCAGCCAUAUUUGAGGACGGCUCCAGGGAGGAUGACAUUGAUGUUGUUAUCUUUGCUACAGGCUAUAGCUUUGCAUUUCCUUUUCUUGAAGAUUCUGUCAAAGUAGUCAAAAACAAGAUAUCCCUGUAUAAAAAGGUCUUCCCUCCUAACCUUGAAAAGCCAACUCUUGCAAUCAUAGGCUUGAUCCAGCCCUUGGGUGCCAUUAUGCCCAUUUCAGAGCUCCAAGGACGCUGGGCCACUCAAGUAUUUAAAGGGUUAAAGACAUUGCCCCCACAAAGUGAAAUGAUGACAGAAAUAGCUAAGGUUCAAGAGGAUAUGGCAAAACAGUAUGUGGAAAGCCAACGCCAUACCAUUCAGGGAGACUAUAUAGGUACCAUGGAUGAGCUUGCUGAUCUGGUGGGCGUCAAGCCCAAUCUUCUGUCCCUGGCCUUCACUGACCCCAAACUGGCAUUCCAGUUAUUUUGGGGACCCUGUACUCCAAUCCAGUAUCGUCUACAGGGUCCUGGAAAGUGGGAUGGAGCUCGAAAAGUGAUCCUCACGACACAAGAUCGUAUCAAGAAGCCACUAAUGACAAGAAUAGUUGAAACUGAUAAUUCUAACACUUCGACAAUAACAAUGGCCAAGUUUAUGUUGGCUGUUAUUUUCUUUGCCAUAGUUAUGACCUAUCUGUAG